UGGGUCGUUCGUUCGUCGGCCAUCUUACUUACCAUAUCACACACAUUCAUGGCUUCUCGUUGUGUUGUUCAGUAAAUUCUUGAACGAAAAAUUGGAAAUCGCGCGGUUCCUUUGACAUCUUUUGAUUAUUUUUGACGAAAAGUACAUUAAGUUUUUCGAUAUGAUCAAUGAAGCAGAUUUAAAUAUUCUAGUGUCUAAUGUCGUGAGUGAAAAUCGUUACAAACAUUGCAGGUUAUGUUUGAAAGAUCUUGAGGAAAAUUAUGUGAAAAUAGAAGACUGCGUCUCUUGUGACGAUCAAACUGUAUUUCAGCCCCUGGCUGAAAUUUUAUGCAACUUGGUUGGCAAUGAGAUGUCUGAAGACAUACCCGGCGUAGACGGUGUCUGUGCUGAAUGUGUCGAAAAAACCGUAGAAUGCCACAAAUUCAUUGAAAAAUGUAAAAGGACGACCGAACUGAUAUAUAAAAUUUUUAAUAACCUCUCUGAAGCUUUGGAUAUUAAAAUCGAGCUCAGUAACAAAGACCAGCGGUUGUACGUUGUCGUCGGCGAAAACGAGUCUAAAGUUGUCUUGUUAGAUAAAGAGGAACCCAAAAAGUUUGCUACCAAUAUCAAAGAACUAGUUUACACCUGUGAAACAUGUAACACUAACAUUGACAACAUCCAGGACUACAAAGCUCAUUCCUUAGUAUGUCAUGACACUAUAAUACAAUCCUGUGAUGUAUGCAACCUGACAUUUACUAGUGAAACUGCUUUAGAGGAGCACAUGAAGACAGGCCAUGGCUAUAAAUGCCCCGAGUGUGACCAAUAUGAAAGUACUGAAGAAAGUCUGGAGCAACAUUGUAAUAAGCAGCACACAGAAUACGUCUGCAAAGAGUGUGGAAAAUCAUACCAAGGAUUAGACAAAUUACAGGCUCAUGAAGAGAAACAUAACACUAAGAGUCAAUGUCCUAAAUGUGGGAAAACUUACCUGACAAAGGAUUUCUAUUUGAAACAUGUAAAAUUGUGUCUUUCUGAUCAAAUUGAUCGGCAUCCAUUUAGGGGCAAGAUUCAGAAGACAUAUUUCUGUGAGAAAUGUGGGAAGGGAUAUAGUACAACUGGAGGACUGAGGGUUCAUGAAAGAUUUGUUCAUGGGAAUGCUAAACCUCAUGUUUGUGAGCAUUGUGGGAAGAAAUUCACAGCUCCAAGUUACCUUAAGAUACACAUGGUGAAGCAUACAGGAGAGAAGAAGUUUAAAUGUAGCAUUUGUAAUAACAAUUUUGUUUCUAAAGAAGCUCUGUUGUAUCACACUAGAAGACACACUGGGGAAAAGCCAUAUUCUUGCAAACUAUGCAAUGAGAGGUUUGUGAAUGCAUCUGCUAGAGCGGAGCAUAUUAAGUUCAAGCAUUCCGGCCCUUCGCUGACUUGUGAGAUUUGUGACCGGAAGUUCUUUACAGCCAACUUCUUAAAACAACAUAUAAGCCGCCAUCAUGACCCAUCUAGCAAAUUGUACUCUGGAAGGAGCAUGAUACCUCCUAAUAUGCCUGGAGAACAAAAUAUGAGGAUUAAAGUUGAAAUCAUGUGAUUAAAGGAAAAUUACUUACAAUUUAAAUGGAAUUGGUAGUCAUACCAGACCUUAUACUUGUGUAUGUGUUUUAUUGUAAAUAAAUAUUUUUAUUAAAA